GGUUUAACUACCGGUCCACCCAUUAUAUGGUAGAGCAUGGGUACUACAACUUUCUCAAUUGGUUUGAUGAGCGGGCCUGGUAUCCAUUGGGACGUAUUGUCGGCGGAACGGUCUACCCCGGAUUGAUGAUCACUUCGGGUGCCAUUCACUAUAUGCUGACAAUACUGAAUAUUCCGAUCCAUAUCCGGGAUAUCUGUGUGUUCUUAGCGCCCAUCUUCAGUGGUCUGACAGCUAUUUCCACGUAUUUGUUGACCAAAGAGUUGUGGUCAGAAUCUGCGGGACUCUUCGCCGCCUGUUUCAUAGCCAUAGUUCCCGGUUAUAUUAGUCGGUCAGUGGCCGGUAGUUAUGACAACGAAGGCAUCGCUAUAUUCGCUCUUAUGUUCACUUAUUAUCUUUGGGUAAAGUCAGUGAAAACGGGUUCCGUGUACUGGUCGGCACUGACAGCCCUGUCCUACCUGUAUAUGGUGUCCGCAUGGGGUGCUUACUCGACAUUUUUCAUAUUGGGUUUACUGUUCUCAAUGCAAAUACCGUUCGUUGGUUUCCAACCGGUCCGCACCUCUGAACACAUGGCAUCGGCCGGUGUUUUCCUUUUGCUCAAUGCCUACGCUUUCCUCAAAUAUCUCCAGAACUUUAUGACCCGUUCCGAGAUGAAGACCUUUUUCCUGACCGCUGUCGUCGGAUCCGCCGGAAUCGUGUUCGCCGGAGUGGUGGCCCUCACAUACGCCGGUUAUAUCGCGCCCUGGAGUGGACGCUUCUACUCUCUCUGGGACACCGGUUACGCCAAAAUCCAUAUUCCUAUCAUCGCGUCGGUGUCUGAACACCAACCGACCACUUGGUUCUCAUUCUUCUUCGACUUGCAUCUACUCAUCCCUACCUUUCCCAUCGGUUUGUGGUAUUGUAUCAAAGAAGUGAACGACGAAAGAGUGUUCAUCGCUCUCUACGCCAUAACCGCCGCAUACUUUGCCGGAGUUAUGGUCCGACUUAUGUUGACAUUAACGCCAGUGGUCUGUGUGUUGAGUGCCAUCGCGUUCUCGGAAUCCUUUUCAUACUGUCUUCAGGACGAAAAGCCGACACAAAAAUCUCGCGCCAAUAGUGUCGACGGAGCCGUCGAUUCGAGUACUGAUAGCGAAGAAAACAAUCAAAACGGAGCCGAAAAGAAUAGUCACAAAAAUCUUUACGACAAAGCCGGCAAAAUACGUAAACCCAAGACAGACGUGUCGAAGGAAAGUCAUGGCAUCGGUGCUAAUAUGCGUACAUUUAUAUCGGUUCUGUUGGUUAUGAUGCUUAUGCUGUUUGUGGUUCAUUGCACUUGGGUUACCAGUAAUGCCUACUCCAGUCCCAGCAUUGUGUUGGCCUCUUAUAGCGGCGACGGAUCUCGAGUGAUUUUAGACGACUUUCGAGAGGCUUACUAUUGGUUGUCGCAAAACACCGCAGACGACGCCCGAGUCAUGUCGUGGUGGGACUACGGCUAUCAGAUCGCAGGAAUGGCUAAUCGGACGACUCUAGUGGACAACAAUACGUGGAAUAACAGUCAUAUCGCACUCGUCGGCAAAGCGAUGUCGUCUAACGAAAGCGCCGCCUAUACUAUAAUGCAAUCGCUUGACGUCGACUAUGUGUUAGUCAUAUUCGGUGGAGUUAUUGGCUAUUCUGGUGAUGACAUCAAUAAGUUCUUAUGGAUGGUUCGCAUAGCAGAGGGGGAGCACCCGAAAGACAUCCGAGAAAGCGAUUACUUCACAGAUCGGGGAGAGUUCCGAGUGGAUGCUCAGGGGGCGCCCACUCUUCUCAAUUGCCUUAUGUAUAAACUCAGUUACUUUCGGUUCGGAGAACUUCAGCUCGACUACCGAAGUCCGGCCGGUUUCGACCGAACCCGCAAUAUGGAAAUCGGCAAUAAGAACAUCCGAUUGGAGCACUUGGAGGAGGCCUACACUACCGAGCACUGGUUGGUCCGCAUCUACAAAGUCAAACAGCCGGCCAAUCGAGUGAAGAUCGCUUACGGCGACCGCAAAGUGAAGCCCAAAAACAUCUUCUCGUCAAAGAAGACGAGUAAGAGGAAGAAGGGCACCAUUAAGAGCAGACCCGUCGUCGUGAAAGGCAAGCGCACGACCACCACCACCACCACGAGCUCCACGUAGGCUCUCAUCAAUGGAUUAGUAAUAAAGAGAUAAUUUAUGAUUGAGUGCCUCGUAGUUUGCAAACACAUAAUUAUUUUGCAUUUUCUAACUGACAUCUCAUUAUGAAAAUAUUUUUAUUAUUAUUUAAUGAUUUUUUGUUUGUUUUUUGACAUAAUCUUAAAGUAAUUGUUAUUCGAAGUAAUUUUUAAAUGAAAUUUCUUUUUAAUUUUAAUUGACAUAUUUUUCCAAACACUCGAACCCUUGGGUGCAAUCUUUUUUGUAAACGACUGACUCUAUUGUCUGUAUUUGUUGGACAUUUUGCCACCAUUUGAUUGAUUUGUUAAACAAUUUAUUACAGAAAUAUAUUCAAUAGAAAACUAGUCACACGAUGAACGAGUCGUCUAUUUU